UUGGGCGGAUGGCAGAAAAAAACAGGGUGAGCUCUGAUGGAGAUAAAACGCCAGGGCGUGCGUUCGCCGCGUGACACCGCGAAUAUUGGUCAAAAACAGCUGUAAAGUCAACUCGUUCAGAAGAGUAACGCCGGGAAAACGAGAGGAUGUUUUAUCCUGGUGUACCUUGCCCUUGAUUGAAGAAAAGGAUUUGCCUGUGAAUACCAGGUGUAGCAAACCUACCUCUACCUACCACACCUUCUCUUCAAGCAUCCUCAACCAGUGAUGGUAAGAGAAGAAACGAGAGGCCACCAGUGCGUUUAUAUCCCGGCACCGUUCCCAACGCGACGUUCCACUGUAUCGCCAUGAGGUUUCUGCCUGAUGUGUGGAUUAAGAGCUGCUAAUUUGCAUGCCGCAGAACGUGAGCGGAGUUGAGAUGAGGAAACAGCAGCAGGCCCACAUUGAAGGACCCCCUCAGGCCCCCGGGCACCCGAGACCGAACACCUGCUGUCUGUGCUGGUGCGGCUGCUGCAAAUGCCUCUGGAAUGAAGAGAGUAGGGAACAUCCCGAGCGGCAAACCUGUACAAAAAUGGACAGCAUAGAAGCGACAGAAGAACAGCAUCCCACACUGGAUGAAGUUGUAGCCUGGGCACGAAGCUUCGAGCUCAUGAUGCGCUCCUCAGAGGGCAGAGACAUUUUUAGGCAGUUCCUCAGGUCGGAAUACAGUGAGGAGAACCUGAUGUUCUGGAUAGCCUGUGAGGAAUUAAAGAAGGAAGCCAACCCAACAGCUAUAGAUGAGAAAGCAAGGAUUAUUUAUGAAGAUUACGUAUCUAUCCUGUCACCAAAAGAGGUCAGUUUGGAUUCCCGGGUGAGGGAGGGCAUCAACCAGAGCCUGGCAGAGCCCAGCAGCCUGAUGUAUGAGGAGGCACAGCUCCAGAUCUACACGCUCAUGCACAGAGACUCAUUCCCACGUUUCCUCAACUCAUCUGUUUACAGGGACCUCCUGGAACGAAAGAGAGCCUGCUUAGACACCUAAGGUUCCAGUCAAAAACUCGAGACAAAAAAAACAUCCUAAGGUGCCACUACAGAAAAGUGUGAGGUUUCCUAUACAUAGAGCGAGUAGUUAAGCAAUUCUUACCGUCCAGUAGUGAGCCCAAAGUUCACUUCCUGUUUAAGUGCCAAUAUGAGCUGCUCAGCCAACUGUGACAAAAAGAAUUGUGUAAGGAAAACCAUCCGAGCCCUACUUCCUGUUCUUUACCCCUCUCUCUCUCUCUCUCUCUCUCUCUCUCUCUCUCUCUCUCUCUCUCCCCCCU